AUGACGACCAAAACGGAGUCGUAUGACGCCAUUGUUGUUGGCGCCGGCUGGUUCGGGCUGGCAGCCGCAAAGGCUUACAGCCAACUCAACCCUACUGCGAACCUCGCCGUCCUCGAAACAGCCGAGUCUUGCGGUGGGACAUGGUCGAAGAACAGACUGUACCCGGGCUUGAAGUCCAACAACAUGAUCGGCACCUACGAAUAUCCCGACUUUCCCAUGUCCGAAGAAGUCUACGGUGUGAAGCCAAACAACCAUAUCCCAGGCGCAAUCCUCCAUCGCUAUCUUACCGACUUCGCCAAACACUUUGGCUUCUUCGAUCGAAUCCAAUUCAAUACCUCCGUGGACUUGGUUGAGCGCCUCGGAGACGAUGGCUGGCGGUUGUCCGUGACCUCUGCUGGCGGGGCCCGCACGAUCGAGACUGAGAAGUUGAUCCUGGCCACUGGUUUGACCUCAACACCUAAUAUCCCUUCAUACGAGAACUCCGAGAAUUUUGGAGGGCCUCUCUUCCACGCCAAGGACUUUUGCAAGAAGGCACCAGAACUGAAGGACAUCAAGAACGCCGUAGUCGUUGGCGGAGCCAAGUCCGCGUUCGACGUCGCUUACGCCUUGGUUCAGGAUGGGACCACGGUAGACUUGAUAGUCCGUCCCAACGGCCAUGGCCCCGUUUGGAUCGCGCCUCCUUUCGUUACACCGCUCAAGAAGCGUUUGGACCAGCUUCUAAACGUUCGAUGCAUGUCUUGGUUCAGCCCUUGCCCUUGGGGCUUUGAGGAUGGCUAUGGCGGCGUCAGAAACUUCCUCCACGGAACUGCUGUCGGUCGAUUCAUCGUGGACUCAUUCUGGAAGGUCUUGAGCGGUGAUGUUCUCUCAGCAAAUGCCUACGACUCUCACCCCGAGCUGGCAAAGCUCAAGCCAUGGCACUCUGCUUUCUGGAUCGGCAGUGGUCUCAGUAUUCUCAACUACGACAGCAGUCUUUUUGAUCUCGUCAAAGAAGGCAAGAUUCGGGUUCACAUUGAUAACAUUGACCGAUUGGAGCCUCACCGCGUUAUCCUCGCAUCUGGGGAACAACUGGAUGCCGAAGCCAUCAUCUGCUCCACGGGCUGGAAGAAGGAGUCAACCAUCAAGUUCGCCGGGCUCGGAGAGGAGAAGUUCGGCCUCGCUGUCACCCCCAGCGAGAAGCGAGAGCUCGAUCAGGACGCUGAUGCCAAGGUCCUGUCCUUGUAUCCCCGACUCGCCGCACAGCCAAAGCUCAGCUUUCAGCCCAAGGAGGCCAACCCCUUGCGCUACUACCGCUUCAUGGUUCCGUCCACGAUGAUGUCCAAGCGCAACCUCGCCUUCGCCGGCAUGAUCUCCACAGUAAGCACCUCUGUUUGCGCGACGAUCCAGGGACACUGGAUUGCGGCAUACCUGAGCGGCAAGCUGGACCGUGAGCCAACUACGGAGCAAGAGAUUACGGAUGAGAUCAUGCUUCACACUCAGUGGGGCAAGUGGCGCUUUGGAGCAUGUGGCUAUGGCAACAGCCUUCCCGAUUUCGUCUUUGAGGGUCUGCCUUAUGUCAACAUGCUGAUGAAGGAUCUUGGUUUGGAAACACAUCGCAAGUCUAGCGGCUUCCAGGAGCUUACCUCCCCUUACUUGCCGGUCGACUUCCGAGGAUUGGUCGACGAGUGGAAGAUUGGACAUGAUGUUGAUGAGUCUGAUAAUGGUUCAUCGAAGCUUGGCAAGGCGGAAGUUGAGGUUUCGCAGGUUUGA